UCUUCUCUCUCUCCAGGUUUUCGCAGAAAUGAAGACAUGAGAGCGAUGGAAGUGUUGCCUAUUCUGAAGGAAAAAGUUGCCUUCCUAUCAGGGGGCAGAGACAGACGCGGAGGUCCAGUGUUAACGUUUCCUUCACGCAGUAACCACGACAGAAUACGAGCCGACGACCUCAGAAGACUCAUAGCGUACCUCGCUGGCAUCCCCAAUGAGGAGGUGAUCCAGCAUGGCUUCACAGUCAUAGUAGACAUGCGAGGCAGUAAAUGGGACAGUAUCAAACCUCUACUGAAGAUUCUCCAGGAGUCGUUCCCCUGCUGUAUACACAUAGCGCUCAUCAUCAAACCAGACAACUUCUGGCAGAAACAACGCACCAACUUCGGCAGCUCCAAGUUCGAAUUUGAGACCACCAUGGUAUCGUUGGAGGGUCUGUCUAAGGUGGUUGACCCCUCCCAGCUGACCGCUGACUUCGAGGGAAGUCUUGAAUACAACCAUGAUGAGUGGAUCGAGGUGCGGGUUGCGUUUGAGGAGUUUACGGGGCACGCGGGUCACAUGUUGUCGAGGCUGGAGGAGAUGCAGGAGGUGGUGGCGAGGAAAGACUUCCCCACAGACCUGGACGGGGCGCGGCGCAUGAUAGAGGAACACGCCACGCUGAAGAAGAAGGUCAUCAAAGCUCCUAUAGAGGAACUGGAUACGGAGGGACAGAGGUUGCUGCAGCGUAUCCAGAGCAGUGAGUCGUACAGGAACUCUAACGCCAGCGGUGUGUGUAAUGCUGACACCCAGGGGCUGGUGCCGCGCGUCGCCACCCUGCUGGACAAACUACACACCACACGGCAACACCUCCACCAGGCCUGGCACAUCAGGAAACUGCAGCUGGACCAGUGCUUCCAGCUCCGCCUCUUUGAACAGGACGCUGAGAAGAUGUUUGAUUGGAUCAUGCACAACAAGGGUCUGUUCCUGGCCGGCUACACAGAGAUCGGCAACAACCACCCUCACGCCAUGGAGCUACAGACUCAACACAACCACUUCGCUAUGAACUGCAUGAAUGUGUAUGUGAACAUCAACAGGAUCAUGUCCGUGGGUAACAGGCUGUUGGAGUCUGGUCACUAUGCCUCGGUGCAGAUUAAACAGAUCUCAGGUCAGCUGGAAGCGGAGUGGAAAGCCUUCGCUGCUGCCCUGGACGAACGCAGCACACUGCUGGAGAUGUCUGCCGCCUUCCACCAGAAAUGUGACCAGUACAUGAGUAAUGUGGACUCGUGGUGUAAAGCGUGUGGAGAGGUGGAUCUACCCUCGGAGCUCCAGGACCUAGAAGAUGCUAUCCACCACCACCAGGGCCUCUACGAACACAUCACUGCUGCCUACUCAGAGGUCAGCCAAGACGGUAAGGCCUUAUUGGAUAAGCUCCAGCGCCCUCUGACCCCGGGGGGAGCUGAUUCGCUGACAGCCUCGGCCAACUACAGCAAGGCGGUGCACCACGUGCUGGAUGUGAUACACGAGGUGCUGCACCACCAGAGACAACUGGAGAAUAUCUGGCAACACCGAAAAGUCCGUCUGCACCAGAGGCUCCAGCUGUGUGUGUUCCAGCAAGACGUACAGCAGGUUCUGGACUGGAUAGAGAACCACGGGGAGGCGUUCCUGAGUAAACACACAGGCGUUGGGAAGUCCCUCCAUCGAGCCAGAGCACUACAGAAACGACAUGAGGACUUCGAGGAGGUCGCCCAGAACACCUAUACUAAUGCUGACAAGCUGCUGGAGGCGGCAGAGCAGCUGGCCCAGACAGGAGAGUGUGAUCCAGAGGAGAUCUACCAGGCAGCCCACCAGCUGGAGGACCGCAUCCAGGACUUUGUCAGGAGGGUGGAGCAACGCAAAGUCCUGCUCGACAUGUCUGUCGCCUUCCACACACAUGUCAAAGAGCUGUGGACGUGGCUGGAGGAGCUGCAGAAGGAGUUGUUAGAUGAUGUGUAUGCUGAGUCCGUGGAGGCGGUGCAGGACCUGAUCAAACGCUUCAGCCAGCAGCAGCAGACCACCCUGCAGGUCACUGUCAACGUCAUCAAGGAGGGAGAGGACCUCAUCCAGCAGCUCAGGUGUGUAGAGUUGCUGUGUGACAGGGAUGUGGACAUGGCUACUCGUGUUCAGGACCUGCUGGAGUUCCUCCAUGAGAAGCAGCAGGAGUUGGACGUAGCAGGCGAACAACACAGGAGACACCUGGAGCAGUGUGUACAGUUACGACACCUGCAGGCCGAAGUCAAACAGGUCCUGGGCUGGAUCCGUAAUGGGGAGUCUAUGCUGAAUGCUGGUCUGAUCACAGCCAGUUCUCUACAGGAAGCAGAACAGCUACAGAGAGAGCACGAACAGUUCCAGCAUGCCAUCGAGAAAACCCACCAGAGUGCCCUACAAGUGCAGCAGAAGGCUGAGGUGUUACUCCAGGCCAACCAUUAUGACAUGGACCUGAUCAGAGACUGUGCUGAGAACGUAGCGUCCCACUGGCAACAGCUGAUGUUGAAGAUGGAGGACAGGCUGAAACUGGUCAACGCCUCUGUAGCCUUCUACAAGACCUCCGAACAGGUGUGCAGUGUGUUGGAGAGCCUGGAGCAGGAGUAUAAGAGGGAAGAGGACUGGUGUGGGGGGGCUGACAAACUGGGUCCUAACUGUGAGUCAGAUCACGUCACCCCCAUGAUCAGCAAACACCUGGAACAGAAAGAGGCUUUCCUCAAGGCAUGUACCCUGGCCAGACGUAAUGCUGAUGUGUUCCUGAAGUACAUGCACAGGAACAGUGUUAACAUGCCUGGGAUGCUCAGCCAUGUCAAAGCACCGGAACAACAGGUCAAGAACAUCUUGAAUGAGUUGUUACAGAGAGAGAACCGUGUUCUCCAUUUCUGGACCAUGAGGAAAAGACGGUUAGACCAGUGCCAGCAAUACGUGGUGUUCGAACGCAGCGCCAAACAGGCUCUGGAGUGGAUCCAUGACACGGGAGAGUUCUACCUGUCAACCCACACCUCCACCGGCUCCAGUAUCCACCACACACAGGAGCUGCUGAAGGAGCACGAAGACUUCCACAUCACAGCCAGGCAAACCAAAGAGCGUGUGAAGCUGCUGAUCCAGCUAGCGGAUGGCUUCUGUGAUAAAGGCCAUAGUCACGCUGUGGAGAUAAAGAAGUGGGUGACAGCGGUGGACAAACGCUACAGAGACUUCUCAUUACGUAUGGACAAGUACCGGACCAGUCUGGAGAAAGCACUGGGCAUCUCAUCUGACUCUAACUCCAAGGCUAGUAAGGAUCUCCAGUUGGACAUAAUUCCGGCCACACCUCAGGGGUCAGAGGUCAAGCUGAGAGACGCGGCUCACGAACUCAACGAGGAGAAACGCAAGUCCGCUCGCAGGAAGGAGUUCAUCAUGGCUGAGCUGAUCCAGACAGAGAAGACCUAUGUGAGAGAUCUGAGGGAGUGUACGGACACGUACCUGUGGGAGAUGACAAGUGGGGUAGAGGAGAUCCCUCCUGGCAUUGUCAACAAGGAACACAUCAUCUUCGGGAACAUGGUGGACCUCUAUGAGUUCCAUCACAAUAUCUUUCUCAAAGAGCUGGAGAAGUAUGAACAGCUGCCAGAAGAUGUGGGCCACUGCUUUGUCACCUGGGCUGAUAAGUUCCAGAUGUACGUCAACUACUGUAAGAACAAACCAGACUCCACCCAGCUCAUCUUAGAGCAUGCUGGACCCUACUUUGACGAGAUCCAGCAGAGGCACCGAUUGGCCAACUCCAUCUCCUCCUACCUGAUCAAGCCUGUUCAGCGAAUCACCAAGUACCAGCUCCUGCUCAAGGAGCUGCUGACGUGCUGUGAGGAAGGGAAAGGAGAGAUCAAGGAUGGACUGGAGGUCAUGCUCAGUGUCCCCAAGAGAGCCAACGACGCCAUGCACCUCUCAAUGCUGGAGGGUUUCGAUGAGAACAUUGAGUCUCAGGGAGAGUUAAUCCUGCAGGAGUCCUUCCAUGUGUGGGAUCCUAAAACUCUGAUCCGUAAGGGACGCGAGCGUCACCUCUUCCUCUUCGAGAUGUCCCUCAUCUUCAGCAAGGAGGUCAAAGACUCCAACGGACGGAGCAAGUACAUGUACAAGAGCAAACUUUACACGUCAGAGUUGGGGGUAACAGAGCACGUUGAGGGAGACCCCUGUAAGUUUGCUCUGUGGGUGGGACGCACCCCCACCUCCGACAACAAGAUCGUACUCAAGGCAUCGAGCAUUGAGAACAAGCAGGACUGGAUCAAACACAUCAGGGAGGUGAUUCAGGAUCGAACCAUCCACCUGAGAGGAGCUCUGAAGGAACCCAUACACAUCCCUAAGUCUGCCACUGCCAAGCAUCACAAGGGACACCGCAGGGAUGGAGAGGACUUGGACAGCCAGGGUGAUGGCAGCAGCCAACCAGACACCAUCUCUAUUGCCUCACGCACCUCACAGAACACACUGGACAGUGACAAGCUGUCCGGUGGCUGUGAGUUGACCGUGGUGAUCCAUGACUUCAUGGCUGGUAACAGCAACGAGCUGACCGUCCGGAGGGGCCAGACUGUAGAGGUUCUGGAGAGGUGCCAUGACAAGCCUGACUGGUGUCUGGUGCGGACCACGGACCGCUCCCCUGCCCACGAGGGACUGGUACCCUGCACCAUGCUCUGCAUCGCCCACUCACGCUCCUCCAUGGAGAUGGAGGGGAUAUUCAACCAUAAAGACACUCUGUCAGUGUGUAGUAAUGACUCCAUCAUGCCAGGCUCCUCUGCCACCCUGCAGCCCGGGCAUCACGGUAUGGGCUCACACACCUCGCCCGGACCUAAACGACCAGGUAACACCCUGCGUAAGUGGCUUACCAGCCCAGUGCGUCGUCUGAGCAGUGGCAAGGCAGACGGGCACGUGAAGAAGCUGGCGCACAAACACAAGAAGGUGAGGAAGAGUGGCGAGAUGACGGGCAGCACCCAGAAAGACUCUGACGACAGUGCUGCUACACCCCAGGACGAGACUGUGGAGGAGAGAGUGCGUAACGAGGGCCUCUCUAGUGGGACCCUGUCCAAGUCCUCGUCCUCUGGGAUGCAGAGCUGUGGAGAGGAGGAGGGUGAGGAGGGGGCCGACUCUGUACCCCUACCACCCCCCAUGGCCAUCCAGCAACACAGCCUACUGCAGCCUGACGCACAGGACGACAAGAGCUCCUCCCGUCUGUCUGUCCGUCCGUGCAGUUCUGAGACGCCCAGUGCAGCAGAGCUGGUGAGCGCCAUCGAGGAACUGGUAAAGAGCAAGAUGGCUCUAGAGGACAGGCCCAGCUCUCUCUCAGUAGAACAGGGGGAUAGCAGCUCUCCCUCCUUCAACCCCUCUGACAACUCCCUCCUCUCAUCCUCCUCUCCCAUCGAUGAGAUGGAAGAGCGCAAGACUGGCUUCCUCAAGCGACGACAUUAUGUGUUGUUGGAGCUGGUGGAGACAGAGAGGGACUACGUCAGAGACCUGGGCCUGGUGGUGGAGAGCUAUAUGACUCGGAUGAAGGAGGAAGGGGUACCAGACGAUAUGAAGGGAAAAGACAAGAUAGUCUUUGGAAACAUCCACCAGAUCUACGACUGGCACAGAGAUUUCUUCAUGGGAGAGUUAGAGAAGUGUCUGGAAGACCCUGACCGACUUGGAACGCUGUUCGUCAAACAUGAGCGGAGGCUCCACAUGUACAUAGUGUACUGUCAGAACAAGCCCAAGUCGGAACACAUCGUGUCAGAGUACAUCGACACCUACUUCGAGGACCUGAAACAACGUCUAGGUCACCGUCUCCAGAUCACUGACCUCCUCAUCAAACCCGUCCAGAGAAUCAUGAAGUACCAACUACUGCUCAAGGACUUCCUCAAAUUUUCUAAAAAGGCAGGGUUGGAUUCAGUAGAGUUGGAGAAAGGAGUUGAGAUCAUGUGCAUCGUACCAAAGAGAUGCAACGAUAUGAUGAACGUGGGGCGACUCCAAGGAUUUGACGGUAAGAUUGUGGCCCAGGGUCGUCUGCUGCUCCAGGACACCUUCAUGGUAUCAGACCCCGAGGGAGGAGGAGGGAGGAUGAGGGAGAGAAGGGUCUUCCUCUUUGAACAGAUUGUCAUCUUCAGCGAGCCACUGGACAAGAAGAGAGGCUUCUCCAUGCCUGGCUUCCUAUACAAGAACAGCAUCAAGAUCGGUUGUCUGGGAUUGGAGGACAGUGUGGACGGUGACCCCUGUAAGUUUGUGUUGACCUCUCGGGUGACCAAUAGCAGCGUAGAAUCCUUCGUCCUCCACUCCUCCCACCUGGGAGUGCGUCAGGUCUGGACCCUUCAGAUCAGCCAGAUACUGGAGAGCCAACGCAACGUCCUCAACGCUCUGACCUCCCCUAUAGAGUACCAGAGGAUCCAUGUAGGGGCUAGCGACGGACCAUGUCUACCCAGCAGCGGUGCUCCGUCAGUGGGGAGCGUCAUGCCCAGUGUGGCCCCUGUUGGAGGUCUACAGGGUGUGCCUCUCACUGGUCCCCUCGGUGUAGGUGGGCCCCUAUGUGUAGGUAGUCCCCUCGUUGGAGGUGGUCCCCAGGGCGGAGCUGGCUCCUCCAGGAGGCCCUCCAGGAUCCCUCAGCCCUCCCGCCUGCCCCAGCCCCUACGACACCCACACCACCCUGGGGCCGCAGACACAGACAGCCCCAACAAGAUGUCAGGUUCCUCCCCUCGUCUCCCCCCUCAUUCCUCGCUCCCUCACUCCGUCUCAGCGAACCCGGGGUCGCAGGCUCCAGCGGGGGGGGUGAGGGACACCAGGGAGGCCCAGCGUGGGGUGAGGGUCCAGGGGGGCAGUCCCCAGGGCAAGCGCACGUUCUCGGCCUCAACCGACCAGCCCCCUCCCACCCCCCCUAUUCCCCGGGCCAGUGUGGCCCCCCUCUCUGGGCCCGUGCUUCUUUCCACCCCCACCAAGCCUCGCCCGGGCACCGUUUCCCCCAUGGCCUCCCCCCUGGCAACUCCCGCCUUUGGGAAAGACGCCCUCCCGCCUCCCCCUCCCAGCCCUGGCCUGAAGUCUGGCUCUGGCUCCUUCUGGAGCUCCAUGCCUGGUUCUCCAGCCAGUCGGCCCGGCUCCUUCACCUUCCCAGGGGAGACAGGAGAGACCAUGGGGAGGCAGAACCAAAACACGUCCCAGACCUCCUCUCAGUCCGCGACAGGCUCCCACAUACACUCCACCCACAGCAAGGAGGCGGACCGCAUGAGUACGUGCUCAUCCACCAGCGAGCAGUCCACCCAGAGCAACGGGAGUGAAAGCAGCAGCAGCAGUAGUAUGUCGACCAUGUUGGUGACCCAGGACUACGUGGCCCUGAAGGAGGAUGAGAUCAGUGUGUCCCAGGGAGAGGUGGUUCAGAUCCUGGCCUCUAACCAACAGAACAUGUUCCUAGUGUUCCGGGCCGCUACAGAACAGGGCCCCGCCGCCGAGGGCUGGAUCCCCGGCUACGUUCUGGGACACACCUCCACCAUCAUCCCCGACUGCCCAGACGGAACCAUCAAGAAGUCCUCAUCCUGGCACACCACCCUGCGCAUCCGCAAGAAGUCUGAGAAGAAAGAGGAGGGAAAGAAAGAGAGCAAGCUGGAAAACGGUUACAGGAAGUCCAGAGAUGGGCUAACCAAUAAGGUUUCUGUAAAGCUUCUAAAUCCCAACUAUAUCUAUGAUGUUCAACCAGAGUUCCUGGUCCCCCUGAGUGAGGUGACGUGUGACAACGGGGAGAGUGUGACUCUGAGGUGUAAGGUGUGUGGCCGACCCAAAGCUACUGUCACUUGGAGGGGACCUGACCAGAACACCCUGAACAACAAUGGACACCACAGCAUCGCUUACAGUGAGACGGGGGAGGCGACACUGAGGAUAGUAGGUGUGUCUUCGGUGGACGACGGUGUUUACACCUGCGUCGCCGCUAACGACCUGGGCUCAGUGACAUCAUCAGCCAUCCUCAGAGUGCUAGCUGUGUCCAGUGAUGGGGUCAGGGUGAGCUGGAAGGACAACUUUGAGUCCCAUUACACUGAGGUGGCAGAGCUGGGCAGGGGCCGGUUCUCUGUGGUCAAGCGUUGUGACCACAAGUCGAGCAAACGCACGGUGGCGGUCAAGCUGGUCAAUAAGAAGCUGAUGAAGAGAGACCAGGUGACCCAGGAGCUCAGCCUGCUACAGAGACUGCAACACACAUACCUUGUCAGACUGCUGGACACGUAUGAGACCCCCAGCAGCUACGCACUGGUCCUGGAGAUGGUUGACCAGGGUCGUCUCCUGGACUACAUAGUGAGCUGGGGGAAUCUGACUGAGGAGAAAGUGGCCAGCUACCUACGGAACAUCCUAGAAGCUUUACAUUACCUACACAACUGUAGGAUAGCCCAUCUGGACUUAAAGCCUGAGAACCUGUUGGUGUCCCACACCUCAUCCGGCCAGCCUGUGGUAAAACUGACUGACUUCGGGGAUGCCGUCCAGCUCAACAGUGCCCACUACAUCCACCCUCUCCUGGGAAGCCCCGAGUUUUCCUCCCCCGAGCUGGUCCUGGGGGAGCCGGCCGCCCUGACCUCUGACCUCUGGAGUCUGGGGGUUGUGACCUACGUCCUCCUGAGCGGGGCCUCUCCUUUCCUGGAUGAGAGCGUGGAGGAGACGUGUCUGAACAUCUGUCAGCUAGACUUCAGCUUCCCCCACCACUACUUCAAGGGCGUGACCCAGGGGGCCCGGGAGUUUGUCUGCCUGCUGCUGAGGGCCGACCCGUCCAGGAGGCCUCCGGCUGGGCUAUGUCUGCAGGAGCCCUGGGUCCAGGGCCAGGCCAAGUUAGCAGACGUCCAGGGACAGGGUAGGGUGGAAGGUGGGUGUCUGGACACGUCUCGCCUAGUGCUGUUCAUAGACAGGAGGAAGCACCAGACAGACGCAAAGCCCAUCGGAGGGGUACAGAGCUUACUACACAGCCGGCUACAGCCACUGGCCUGAGUGAGGGAUGGAGCGAUGGAGAGAGAUGCCCCCUCCCACCACCCUAAUAGGAAGGAGAGAACAGGGCGUCCAGUCCCAAACGGACUCCUCGCUACAUUCCCACUAGCUGCUUGUGUAAAUCUAAGAAGAUUUAAUAGGUAUGAGCAAUAUUACUUCCACCUAACCUCUCAGAAGACAAGGUGGAGACGGGAUUGAUAGAACCAUAUUGCUUAGACCUAUCCAAAUCCUUUCAGAUCUAUAUGAGGUGACUAGGGGGUAGUGACUAGGGGUUGAUUUGGGACUGAGCAUCUCAGAGAAAGAAAAAGGUGGGGGGAAAAUGAAAUUCGCUGAUCUCAUCCUCUUUCAGAUAUGUUGUGGUUUUAAAGAGUCCUGUGGUCCUUCAACCAAAACAUGAGGCCUGUAGGCCUAGAGGUCCUUAGCCAAUCAGAGUAUUCCCUGAGAGAACACACACUGAGUUCUUAGCCAAUCAAAACAAGGAUGACAAUGUCCUCAACAGUCUACUGCUGCUUGCUUGUUUACACUAAAACUGAUUUUCGAAAGAAGAAAAAAUCUAAAACAAGAAAAAUACUGACAAAUCGAUGGAGUAACAUAUUUGUCCUCUAUCUUACUGAGAGUCAAACAAACAGAGCUUUCAGAGGAGAGAGUGUUGCCAAGGAAGCUAGUGUUAGCACACAGCAACCAUCCCUUCCCUCUUGUUGCCAGAGAAAGAGAGAGCGGUUUUGUUUUUGUGCUUUUACAAUAUGUGACUCAAAGACUUUUGAGACACCCCCUUUCUUAAAGAACCAAUGUAUAAAGAGAGAGAACAUUGUUCACAACUUUUCAAAAAAGUUUUUGAAAAAAACAACAAAAAACUCAAAUGAACAUUUCAAAAGAAGAUUGAAGAAAAACGCUCAGCAGUAGAAAGUCACUACGCUACUUUACAGCCCGGAGAGGACUCAUCCAUUGACUGAGCUCCUCCACUUUAUUGAGAUAGUUUUAUGUCUAAUCAGAGUUUUCCAAUUGCUGCGCUUAUGUACUUAAUCUAAGAAACCUUAAUCUAAGUAAAGAUAGAGAUUCUGCUGACUGCUGCAAAGUCUCAACAACAGAAAAUAAUGAUUUGUUUUGUUUUUGCUUUUACUAGAAAACAAAAAUGGUAUUGCGCAGAUUUAAGAUGAUUAAGCCUUACUUUGUAUAUAGACUCUUAACUGCCUUCUGUCCCUCCCGUUUCAAAAUGGCCGUCUGCUCUUGAGAACAUUCUUGGGACUAAAGAAUCCUGCAAAUGAAAUGUAGUAGAUCACCAAUUGGGCGACUGAGCCUGAGUGGCAGCAGAGAUGGUCAAUCGGAUGGAGAGUGAAUGAGGAAAAGGAGCAGGAAGACAGAAUACUGUAAAUGCACUCAAUGUAUGUUAUGUUUCCCCCAUUCUUAUCAUGUGCAAUGUUGCGGCUUUAACAUUUUAUGCAACUAUUUAUGAAGACAUCUGUUGUACAUGUAAUAAAUAGAGAUAAAAGCAUGUACUUGGUACUGCAAGCUCCGCUGGUAGUAGUCCUCAUUAUUUGACCUAUGACCCUGUUGGGGUGUUAACUUAUCACCAUAGAAUUAGAAUGAGUAGAACGGACAUCCCCAUUCAGGUCAGUGAUGCCACUGAGUGUCCCCAUAGGACAUUCGAAUCCUAUGGUUAUCUCUUCCUAGGUAACCUAACAUUCUGGGGUUGCCCUCUACAUGGCACUUAUGGCUAGAUCAAUGAAUAAUUUUUUAUUUGUCACUUUUCUUCCUCUCACUUUUUCUUUUUCUGUAGAAGUUUACUGAUAUACCAAAGUUGUCCCAUCAUUACCUUCCCUGUCCUGCGCUAUUAUUUUAAUUAUAUUUUUAUGAAUUAAUGACAUUUCACUUUAUUUCUCAUGUUUUACGCUAUGGAACCCUAAAAAGGGUUGUUUACACUUUUUUUGACUGGAAGUUAUGGUCUGGUUUGAUUCUGGUGUUACGAUAACUUUAGCCAGUCUAUAAGGCAAUAACGAUCUCCACUUUUGGCUUGGAUCUCUGGAAAUGCAGGGGGUUUCUGAACUUCACCUACCUGUUUCAUCUAGACCAUUGUAGACUACUGUUGAAAAAUAGGUAAUGUCCACUCACUGAUUACUGCUUAUACAAGUGACCUGUGUCAAGUGUUAAAACUUCUCUCAUUCAGCUGGCACUCUCUUCCCGAGGGCUUGUCUUAUUGGGAGUUCUCGGGUGCAUCCCAAAUGGCACCCUAUUCCCUUUAUAGAGCCCUACCAGGGCCCAGGUCAAAACUUGUGCAUUACAAAGGGAAUAGGAUGCCAUAGUGUUAAUGAGCUGAAUUUCAAACCUAUUUUAUAUGAAGUUAUUUAUGUAAAAAGAGAUCCUAUUACAGCUGUUUCUCAUGAUUGAGAUGUUUAAGUGUGUUGUGUCAAACACCAGGGCUGCGUCUCAAAUAGUACCUUAUUCCCCAUCCUGUGCACCACUUUAGACCAGGGCCCUAUGUUGGAACUAUGUAUGAUUUGACCUAUAGGUGCCUCUAGCUUGCUGUCUAACCUCAUACUAAACCUACUACAGGGCUCUCCAACCCUGUUCCCAGAGAGCUAUCAUCCUGUAGGUUUUCGCUCCAACCCCAGUUGCAACUAACCUGAUCCAGCUUAAUAACCAGCUAAUUAUUAGAAUCCGGUGCGCUAGAUAAAACCUACAGGACGGUAGCUCUCUGAGAACAGGGUUGGAGUGAAAACCCACAGGACGGUAGCUCUCUG